UUCAAUUUCUUGGUUUAUUACAACCAAAGAAUACGCAAUGUUUUCCUUGACUGCAACUAAAGUUAUCGAUAGAAAAUAUUUUUGCUUUAAAAUAAUUGUAUUCCAAAACAUUUAAUACUUAACUUGGCAGCACUUUUCGUGUUGAAUUCGAUAUUUCUGGUAAACGCUCAGUCUUUUGUCAAACGGAGAGCAGAGUGCUGAUUCCUUUUGUGUUUAUUGAUUGCUAUCAAAAAUUCUUAAAAAAAAGUUCUUUAAAUUGUGGAGUUAUAAAAAACAACAAGCAAGCUGACUUCGCCUAAUAACAACACUUUGACAGAUACUGUAAACAUGUAUUUGGGUAAAACAUUGCGUGAAUUUGAAUCUUUGGGCUGCCCUGAUCCCAAAAAGACCGCGAUUGCUGCCCGCGUCUAUAUUGAUCUCUUAAAAAAUAAUCACUUAAACGAUGUUGAAAAAACGUACGACACCGAACUCAAAGAGAUUUAUAUGCGUGGAUUGCGACUAGGUGAUUUAUAUCAUGUCAUACCAGUACGUUCUACAGAACAAAUAAAAUUGGCAGAAAUGAAUACUAUACGUUCAAGAUUCGCCGAUAUGGGAAAACUUAUUCUCGCUGUAUACAACAGUUGCGGAAAAGUUAUGUACUUCGAUCUACAAGAUGGAAUUUCUGAAAUGCGUUUCGAGCGAACUAACUAAUUUCAAAGUAUUUACCCUAUUGAAUAUAAAUAAUUCGAUUGAUAUUGUAGCAGUGAACUGUUAAAAGUUAUUUACCAAAGUACUGAGUAUAAUAUUGAUUGAAUUCUAUUAGCAGCCUUAAAAAUUUUAAUAUUAGUCAUACCAAUCUCCAUUGGUAUUACGGUAGAAGUUAAGAAGAUGCUGUGAUAACUCCACUAUCAAAAUUUUAUUAUUGCCUAUAUGACCGACCACUCUCUAAAAUACAAAAUUUCUCAGCAUUUAUAUGAAAAGAAAACAAUAAUAUAACUAUAGAAACUUUAUUUGGAGUAUAUAUAACUUGAAUUACUAAUUUAUUUAAAUAUUAUAUGAAAUAUAUUAAAAUUCUUUGACUUGUGAACAAAUAUAAAUCCCACAAAACUGUAUAAACUUGAUCAAUUUUUAAAAAUUUUGUAUAUUAUAACAUCUGCAGUUUUGUGUGGAUUUUGAUUCUGAUUCUGAUUUCUUAAAAACAAUGUAAUGUAAUUUUUGAUUAAAUUAGGCUCAUGACUGAUUUUGGUGGAAAUAAUAUGAAAAUAUAUCUUAAAAAAAUUUUGUAAAAACAUUUCUAAUAACUAAAAUAUAUUGUAAGAAUUAAGUCACAAGAAAACAAUUCAUAAUUCAGUCUUUCAUUAAAAAGGCACCAAAUUAAAAAAAAAAAUUAGAACAACUAUAUGAAUUUGUG